GGCAGUGAUGGCGGCGGGUGAUGGGGACGUAAAGCUAAGCACCCUGGGGAGCGGCGGGGAGCGUGGCGGCGACGGGAGCCCGGGUGGCGCGGGAGCGACGGCAGCGAGGAGCAGUUGGGUGGCAGCGCUGCUGGCGACGGGCGGGGAGAUGCUGCUGAACGUGGCGCUGGUGGCGCUGGUGCUGCUGGGGGCCUACCGGCUGUGGGUGCGCUGGGGGCGGCGUGGUCUAUGCUCGGGACCCGGGGCGGGCGAGGAGAGCCCGGCCGCCACGCUGCCGCGCAUGAAGAAGCGGGACUUCAGCCUGGAGCAGCUGCGCCAGUACGACGGGGCGCGCACGCCGCGCAUCCUGCUCGCGGUCAAUGGGAAAGUCUUCGACGUGACCAAAGGCAGCAAGUUCUACGGCCCCGCGGGCCCAUAUGGCAUCUUUGCUGGCAGGGACGCCUCCAGGGGACUGGCGACCUUCUGCCUGGAUAAGGAUGCACUUAGAGAUGAGUACGAUGACCUCUCAGAUUUGAACGCAGUGCAGAUGGAGAGCGUUCGAGAGUGGGAAAUGCAGUUUAAAGAAAAAUAUGAUUAUGUAGGCAGACUCCUAAAGCCAGGGGAAGAGCCAUCAGAGUACACAGACGAGGAGGACACCAAGGAUCACAGUAAACAGGACUGAACUUUGUGAACAACCAAAGCCAGGGGCCUUCAGAACUGCAACUCGUACCCCUUUGAGAGAAUGUCCAGUCUGGCUGUGAUGCUCCUGCUGUGAGAACCAUUUCACCAGAGUGUACAAGAUACUAUGCCCAACUGUGAAGAUCUGAAUAUGAGGCAUUGCCUGUGCUGCCUGCCGGUGAACCUGUUGCAGUUGUUUGUGAUGUCUGGUGGGCUUCAUCACCCUGAAAAGGAGACAGGACCUUCUCAACAGCAAGAAAGUCUCCGGGUUAUUUUACCCUCCUCUCCUCUCGAUUUUCCUCCCUUCCUUCCUCCUCUUCCUUUUCUUCUUCCUCCCUCCCUCUCUCUCCGCCUUCCUUUCUUUCCCCCACCCCUCCCAUGUCUUUCUUUUAAAACAAAACAAAAAAGUAUCAAAGACAACCAGAUAGGUAUUUGCUACUCAGUGUGCAGAUCUCUGGAAGGAGCAAGGGAUCCUGUUUCACAGGCUGUGCUUUAUUUGUGUUAAGGGAAGAGCCCUGGGCAGGGGAAAGGGGGUCACAUAUUCAUUUAAGAAGUUCAGGCUACUGAAACAUUUAAACGUGAAUUCCCAAACUUUUCUUUCGGGGCUUUGUCAGGGAAGAGGGAAAAAUGUCCUUCUAAGAUUUGAAAGAAGGAUUUCCAGUAGAUUAAAGUCAACAGUUCCCAGCUAAGAUAAUUUGAAACCAGUUUUAUUUCUUUCCCUUCCUUCCGCUAGGUCAAAACAAUAUUAAUUGUGCCUUAUUUCACUUCCAUAAACUUGAAUUACUUUUUGGGAAAGCCCCUGUGAAUUGAGAAGUCAGUACAAGCAGCACUGAGACUGAGGCUGAUGUCACUGUGUGUGGAGUGGAGGAGGAGUUCUCAGUGUUAACUGCCAUGAGUUAGUGCACAAACAUCGCUAGCAUCGUGAUGGCCAAGUGCAUCCCUGUGCUUUUUUCUUUUCUAAGAAAGAUUGAAAACCAACAGUUCUUCCCCAACAGCUGCCUAAAUUUUAGGGGUCUGACCCUCACAUGUCACUGGUGUGAGUGAGUGGGGCCGAGCGGUAUGAAUGUCUGUGUGAGUGAGUCUGGAUGUCUGUGAGAGCACCUUGGGAGGGACUCUUCCUGCAAUGCUGUAAAUACGAGUACCGUUUUAAUAAAGCAUGUACAAUAAACCAAA